AUGCGUUUUUCUGCCAUUGCCGCCGCGGCCUUGGCCCUCGCUCCCGAGGCAGUCUCAGCUGCCGGCACGCUGGGCUUCUCGCUCGGCACCAAAAAGACAGACGGCUCGUGCAAGGCACAAUCCGACUACGAGGCCGACUACGAGGCCAUCUUCAAGGCCUCUGGCAGCAAGCUCGUCCGCGGAUACUCUGCGUCCGACUGUAAUGCCGCACAGUACAUGCUGCCGGCCGCCAAAGCCAAGGGUUUCAAGGUCGUCCUAGGCGUGUGGCCCGACGUCGAAGAGUCUCUCAACGCCGACAAGGCGGCGCUGUCGCAAUAUGCAACCGACGAAUACAAGGAUCAGCUCUAUGCCGUAACCGUCGGCUCUGAGACGCUUUACCGCGGUAACUUCACGGGCGAUGAGCUUCUGGACAAGAUCAACGACGUGCGGACCGUCCUGCCCAAGGGCGUCAAGGUCGGCACUGCAGACAGCUGGAACAAGUGGGCCGACGGCACUGGUGACGCUGUCAUCCAGGGCGGCGUCGACCUCAUUCUCUGCAAUGCCUUUGCCUACUGGCAAGCCCAGCCUAUUGACAACUCCACCUCCACUUACUUCGACGACAUGUCUCGCGCCAUCGAGCACAUCCAGAGUGUAGCCGGCGGCAACAGCAAUGGCCCCGAAAUCUGGAACGGCGAGACGGGCUGGCCCGGCGAUGGUGGCUCGGACUACGGCCCGGCCAAAGCUGGCACCGACAAUGCCAAGACGUACUACCAGGAAGCCGUGUGCGGCAUUCUGAAGUGGGGCGUCAACGCCUUCUACUUCGAAGCAUUUGACGAGACCUGGAAGCCCGACUCGGUCGGUGACGAUGGCUCCGCGGCCGACGAGAAGCACUGGGGUGCCUUGACGGCAGACCGCAAGGCCAAGUUCAACUUGCGCUGCACCUAA